ACGCGAUUUUUUGAUGGCAGAAAUCAGUUUUAAUAAUGCUCACAGAUCUGGAGUAAUAGCUAACAUGCAGCUCACAGAAUUUGAGCGCGGACAAAAAGAACAAGACCAGAUAGUUGUCGACGUUUUUGAGCACAAAACAGUUCAUAUACAUGGACCAGCUCAAGUAGUUUUUGACCCCACGUUACACAGCUGGGUUAAUAUAUUUUUGAGAAAUGUAAGUUCCUGCUUACCAAACGCAGCUAAUGCUUCGCAGUUGUUUUUGUCAUGGAAUGGAGAGAAGAUGACGUCCGGCCAGAUAACAAUGUGUGUAAAAUCCGUUUGGAAGAAGGCGGGGUUAGAAGGGGUAGUUUCUGCCACAGCAAUGCGAAAGGCUGCUGUAACUGUCACUUGCGAUAACAAAGAAGCUGGCAUGAGUUCUGACGAAAUACUAUCGACUAAGAAACAAGAAAAAGAGACUGCAGCGGUUACCUCCAUGGAAACCUCCAUAGACACCCACGACAGUAGUGGAAAGAAAGUUGAAACCAACGAUGACGAACAUCGACCUUUUCGUUUCAGCAACAAAGAACUAAAAGAAAUAAGGAAAAUUUUUCAAGCAGAGAUCAUUGCAAAAUCAAUAUCAAUGGAUGAUGUAAGAAAUAAAAUCGAAAAAAAUGAAAUCCUGGAAGGCCUCAGACCGAGAAGGGUUUAUGACAGAGUUAGAUCUGAAUGGCGAAGCAAAACACAGCUAGACGACUCUUGCGCCUGUGUUCCCCUGGAGAUAGAAACCAUCAGAGAUAAAAUGGAAAGGAUAGAUGGAACUGAUGAUGACCAAGAUGAAGCCGCAAGCGCCUUUUCCGUCAGCGUGGUUUACCCAACUACUGAAGCCAGUCAGGGGCAUGGCAUAUUUUCAACGGGAGAAAUCUUUAUAAUUCAGAAAGCUUGUCGCGACAUCAUCGCUUUUGGUCCCAUCUCGAAAAUACGCAUCAGCAACCAUCUGGAGAAAACCGAGUCGGGAAAGAUAAUGUUGGAGAAAUUCACCUCUGAACAGCUCUUAAAUCGGGUUAAGUAUGAAAGAAGAAUGAAAAGACGCCAGACUAAAUAA